AUGGUAAAAAAGCUAUUGCUCUUAGAUGUUGACUGUGGGGUGGAUGAUGCCCAAGCAAUGAAAAUGGCUUUUGCAGCUCCUAAUGUGCACAUCCUGGGUAUAACAUGUACUCAUGGAAACACGAACAUUGAAAAUGUAUGCAAAAAUGUACUUAGAGUGCUAAAAGUUUGCCGGCAGACAGAGGUCUCUCUAGUAGCAACUGGACCCAUGACUAAUGUUGCUCUGGCAUUUAAAAUGGAUCCCACCUUUCCAUCAAAGUUAAAAUAUCUCUAUAUCAUGGGAGGAAAUAUGGAAGGUAUGGGAAACGUGACAAUCUGUUCUGAGUUUAACUUUGCAGCAGACCCUGAAGCAGCUUAUAUUGUCUUGAAUCAUUUUGAAUGCCCAAUGUAUAUUGCAACUUGGGAAUAUUGUCAACGUAAUGUAUUACCUUGGGAAUUUUUUAAAGAAUGGGUAAAUCAUUGGAAAGCUUGCUUCAUGAAGAAAAUAACUCCACAUACUGUAAAGUUUGUCAAAAACAUGAAAGUCAAGACAGACAAAUAUUUAGAAGCUGGCUUUUUAUCCUGUGAUUCUAUUGCAAUGGCAGCUGCCAUUGAUGAGAGUGAUGUCACAGAAUAUAUACAUUAUGGAGUGAGUGUGAAGUUACAAGGAUCGGUGACCAGAGGGAUGAUGAUUGUGGAUACACUGAACCAGCUGAGAAAACAAAAUCAAGCUUUUAUUAUGACCAAAUGUGAUGUUGAGAAGUUCAAGCAACUCAUGAUGUCUGCUCUUAAGUAA